AAUUAUUAUAUUAGCAGAACUUUAUAUCCUUAAAUUUCACUUAAUACAUUAUCAUUAGGCUACUUUAAAACAAAAUAUUAGAAAUAUAAUACAGAUAAACCAUAAUUUAUUUUAAAAAUACUGUGUUUUCUGUACAGUACAAAUAUAUGCUUAAGAAGUAGUUGAACUUUAAUAAUAUAAUAAUGUAGUACAAUGGUUAUUUUUGGGUAAGGGUUAUCAACAUAAAUAAAGAAAUACUGCCAUGAUAUUUCAAUAAUUAUUGUGUAAACCUCUAAUUAACAUUUAAACUUUUGCUGUUUUGUCAAUAUGUUUCAAUAAUGUUUUUUUAACACAAGUAUAAUAAGCAAGCUGAGGUUAGGAAGGUGUUUGUACCGAGUAUAAAGUGACUAUGGGAAUACUCAGAAUGAUGUACUGCGUACUAUUUCUCCAAAUGCAGUACGCAGUACAUUGUGCAUAUUUUCAGUAUGCACACUAUCAUAACGGUCGAAAUAUGUACCCCAAUAAUGUGUGGAAACUUUGCACCUAAAGAGUUUAUAGUAGUACCUCAGAGGUGCAUAUGUCAAAGUUACGUAUUGAUACCAAUUGUAUACAUAUCCGUUCCUAAUGGUAUAAGUGCCUUUUUAAAAGGUACUGCCUCAGCUCGGGUACAUAUUUUGACAAUUUUUGACACUUGAGAAUGAAAUUACUGUAUGUGGAUUAUUACUGUUAAAUGUAUUCAUUGCACGCUACACACUUUGAAAUUAUCACCUAAAAAAAACAAAGUAAGCAGUAUGCACACUCUAAAAACAAACGGUGCUAAAGAGCACUGGCUAGUAAUCAUCGGGGAACCAUUUCGAGUGCCAUAUAGCACCUAUGUAGUAUCUGUGUAGCACCUAUGUUGAACUAUAUUGUGCUAUAUAGAACCAUAUCUGGUGCUAUAGUGGUGGUGGUUGGUUCUUCAUAGAUCCUUUGCAGGUGCUAUAAAGCACUAAAAUUGGUUCCCCUAUGAUUACGAGCUUUUAGUGCUAUUUAGUAGGGCUGGGCAAAAAAAUAUAUUUUCCGAUUAAUAAAUAUAUUUUCCGAUUAAUAAUUUUUUGUUAAACGUGGUCGAUUAAAAAUCAAUUCUUAAAGGCUACAAAUCGUUUUUUUUUUUUUUUUUUAAUGAAAUAACCUGAUCCUAUUUGAUCAAGGAAUGUGACUGUUUUGACUUUUUUUCAGCAUACAUUUUUCAUCUUGCAUCAAAAUUGCAUUGUAUUUACCAUAAUUGUAUGCAUUUGAAAAAUAGAGAUGGGUUCUGUAUUAAUGUACCCAAGUGUACCUAAAAUAAAAAAGUGUAAUAUAUAGGUUGGUGGCUCUUAAUUUCUUUUUAUUAAUUACCCACUUGUAAACUUAUGUUCACUGUUUUUUUUAAUAAAUAAAGUAUUUGUAUUAAAUCUAUAUUCAUUGAGUUGAAUCGAGUACAAAAAUCAGUCCGAGAAUCGAAAUCGAAUCGAUAUGGAACAUCUGAAUCGAUACCCAGCUCUACUAUUUAGCACUAUUUUUUUAGAGUGCAGUAUAUACUGCAUAAUAGUCAAUAAGAAGCACUUAUUUUAUAUGAAAACCAGGCCUGUCAGACUAAGACCCUGAUGAAAACUCAUGCUACAGUAUAUUUGCAAACUUUACUCUUUCACUGACACCAUGUGGCCACUAUGUGAAACUUCUGACAUGUUAGGAGAGCGUUUGUGGUGUAUGUGUGUUGUGUUGUUUUAUUCAAGAUUUAACUAUUUAACCUCAAACAAUUAAAAACUAAUUAAACUGUUAUCAAUGUUUCAUUUGAAGAACCAUGAAGUCACCCUUGGUUUGGAACAAUAUUUAAAAUUCUCGUGGGAAUUAGAGAGUGUAUUUGUGUACACAACAUUUCACAGUAUUGUCGAAUGGGUGCCUCGGUUCAUGGGAUAUUUAGUAAACACAAGAACAUCAGUAGAGUAAAGGAAACGGUUACACAAACGCAGAGACAUGAAAGAACAUUCAUGGAGCUACCGGGAAGCAUUCAAACUACAGUAAUGACAAAACAUCAAAAAGCUGAAGUCAUGAUUGCAGGAGAACAGCUAAGGUUGCGACUGCAUGACAGCAAGUUGAUUAAAGACCGUAGACACCACUUGCGCACAUAUCCGAAUUGUUUUGUGGCUCAAGAGCUAAUUGAUUGGCUGAUUGCUCAUAAGGAAGUGCCGGAUCGAGAGACCGCUGUUCAACUCAUGCAGAACCUUAUGGACUAUGACAUCAUACAUCAUGUGUGUGAUAAGUGGCCCUUGUUCAAAGAUGCCAAAUACUUGUACAGAUUCAGAAAGGAUGAUGGAACAUUUCCUUUUAAUUUAGAGGUCAAAAUAUUCAUGCGUGGACAAACACUAUAUGAACAUCUUAUUGCAUGCAAAGUUUCAAUUUUGCAAGAGAGACAAGAAAAGGGUGUGGCUUAUGAACGUUCUUUCCCUGGUUACAUGUUAAUUGAUUGGCUGCUACAGAAUGGUGAAAUAGAGAGUCGACGACAGGGAUUAGAUCUCUGCCAAGCCUUACUAGAGAAUGGUAUCAUUCAGCAUGUCUCCCAGAAGCAUCACUUCUUUGACAGUGGUCUGCUCUAUCAAUUCUGCAUUAAUUUUCGCCGGCGACGCCGUCUCUCCGAACUGUUACACGAGACAGAGAGUGAAGAAGUUGAAUGUACAGCACAGCAAAAUCAAGAUGAACAGGCUGACAGUCCCUUCGCAUCACACAAACUCUCACCAUAUGAGGGCAACAGUAACUUUUUAUCUGUCCUGUCUACUAAUGAUGAUUUAAAUGUGUCUACAAAUGGACGACGUGGAAGUCUGGCCCACCAUCUGCACAGUUCAGAUGGAUACCCCAUCACUUCUUCCCUUUCCAACGCCUUUGCAGUACAAUGCAAUCCUAAAUCAGUGCUAAAAAGACCUGUAACCUGCGAGGAGCUGUUAUCUUCAGGUGCUCCUUAUGGAAAAAAAGUUCUGACAAUCCUCGGAGAUGCCCUAGGCUGGGGCUUUGUAGUACGAGGAAAAUCACCAUGUUAUGUUCAGGCUGUGGAUCCUGGAAGCCCCGCUGCAGCAGCUGGAGUUAAGGUACGCCAAUUUGUGUGCCGAGUGAACGGAUGCAGUGUGCUUCACCUGGACUACCGCGCACUGUCAAAGUUGGUGAUGACUGGACCUCGUGUUGUUACUUUGGAAGUGAUGGAACCACUGACAAGUUAAUGUAAUAACAGCACAAUACUACAAAUGAUGUGCAACAGACUGAUGUUAUAGAUGUGUUAUGUAUAAUAAAUCAAAGUGUAAUACUGUACUUAUAACAUGAUGUAACACCCCCCCUCCCU